CUUUCUCUUGCUGCGCCGUCUUGAAGCCGCGCGGGCUCGUGAGCAGCGCGAGGCAGUCAAGGUGCCUCGGUUCGCUGGAGCUGCUGCUGCCCGCUUGAGGGAAGCCGGCCCCGGGCGCGCACGCUCGCCCGAGCCCCGGCGCGCCCCGCGCCUGAGCCUGCUGACAGCUGCCGCUGGGCUCUGGCGGUCCGCUCCGGGCUCCGCGGCCUCUGCCCCGCUGCACUCCACCUCCGCCCCCUCGGACUCCCUCCCCUCUGCUUCUACCCCUCCUGCCUCCAGUGCGGAUCGUUUCGCAACUGCUUGCCACUCGCCCCGUGCCCGGCUGUUUUUCCAUUUCCCGGCCCCCUCUUCUUGAGUACUUUACCCCCUGUAUUUGGGGACAGGGACUGGAAAAGGGGCGGGUGGAGCGUCCAGUGGAGAAGAAGGAAGCGAGGCCCGCAGGAGGAGGAGGAUCGGCGGACCGUGGGGAGGAGACCCCACGCCACCGUUUCUGGUCAUCUCCCCUCCCGCCCCGCCCCUGCGCACACUCCCUCGCGGGCGAGCUACUUUCGGACCAGGAAAGUAAGGGCGGCCCUGGGUGACAGCGCCGCGGGGCCAAUCCCGGGGUUAGCCGCGCGUCUGCUCGCUUCUCGUCCGUCGCGCUCCCAGCCAGGGCACAACCCGGACCAAGGAUGGCUUCGACCACAACCUGCACCAGGUUCACGGACGAGUAUCAGCUUUUCGAGGAGCUUGGAAAGGGGGCAUUCUCAGUGGUGAGAAGAUGUAUGAAAAUUCCUACUGGACAAGAAUAUGCUGCCAAAAUUAUCAACACCAAAAAGCUUUCUGCUAGGGAUCAUCAGAAACUAGAAAGAGAAGCUAGAAUCUGCCGUCUUUUGAAGCACCCUAAUAUUGUGCGACUUCAUGAUAGCAUAUCAGAAGAGGGCUUUCACUACUUGGUGUUUGAUUUAGUUACUGGAGGUGAACUGUUUGAAGACAUAGUGGCAAGAGAAUACUACAGUGAAGCUGAUGCCAGUCAUUGUAUACAGCAGAUUCUAGAAAGUGUAAAUCAUUGUCACCUAAAUGGCAUAGUUCACAGGGACCUGAAGCCUGAGAAUUUGCUUUUAGCUAGCAAAUCCAAGGGAGCAGCUGUGAAAUUGGCAGACUUUGGCUUAGCCAUAGAAGUUCAAGGGGACCAGCAGGCGUGGUUUGGUUUUGCUGGCACACCUGGAUAUCUUUCUCCAGAAGUUUUACGUAAAGAUCCUUAUGGAAAGCCAGUGGAUAUGUGGGCAUGUGGUGUCAUUCUCUAUAUUCUACUUGUGGGGUAUCCACCCUUCUGGGAUGAAGACCAACACAGACUCUAUCAGCAGAUCAAGGCCGGAGCUUAUGAUUUUCCAUCACCGGAAUGGGACACGGUAACUCCUGAAGCCAAAGACCUCAUCAAUAAAAUGCUUACUAUCAACCCUGCCAAACGUAUCACAGCCUCGGAGGCACUGAAGCACCCAUGGAUCUGUCAACGUUCUACUGUUGCUUCCAUGAUGCACAGACAGGAGACUGUAGACUGCUUGAAGAAAUUUAAUGCUAGAAGAAAACUAAAGGGUGCCAUCUUGACAACUAUGCUGGCUACAAGAAAUUUCUCAGCCAAGAGUUUGUUGAAGAAACCAGAUGGAGUAAAGGAGCCCCAAACUACUGUAAUCCACAACCCUGAUGGAAACAAGGAGUCAACUGAGAGUUCAAAUACAACAAUUGAGGAUGAAGAUGUGAAAGCACGAAAGCAAGAGAUUAUCAAAGUCACUGAACAACUGAUCGAAGCUAUCAACAACGGGGACUUUGAAGCCUACACAAAAAUCUGUGACCCAGGCCUUACUGCUUUUGAACCUGAAGCUCUGGGUAAUUUAGUGGAAGGGAUGGAUUUUCACCGAUUCUACUUCGAAAAUGCUUUGUCCAAAAGCAAUAAACCAAUCCACACUAUUAUUCUAAACCCUCAUGUACAUCUGGUAGGGGAUGAUGCCGCCUGCAUAGCAUAUAUUAGGCUCACACAGUACAUGGAUGGCAGUGGAAUGCCAAAGACAAUGCAGUCAGAAGAGACUCGUGUGUGGCACCGUCGGGAUGGAAAGUGGCAGAAUGUUCAUUUUCAUCGCUCGGGGUCACCAACAGUACCCAUCAAGCCACCCUGUAUUCCAAAUGGGAAAGAAAACUUCUCAGGAGGCACCUCUUUGUGGCAAAACAUCUAAGGCCUGAAAAUCAUUCACAUAUGGGUCUUCUAAAUAUCAACAGUGCCACUUCUGCAUUCUCUGUUCUCAAGGCACCUGGAUGGUGACCAUGGGCCGUCCUCUCCUCCUCUUCAUGCAUGUUUCUGAGUGCAUGAAGUUGUGAAGGUCCUACAUGUAAUGCAUAUGUGAUGCAUCAUCUUAUCAUAUAUUCCUUCCUGUACAUUGUUUACACUUCAACUACGGGGAUGUUCCUUGCAAACUUAAAUUACUGUUGGCAAAACAAUAGGGGGAGAUUAGACAAAAAGAAAAAAUCCACAAUAUUCCAAGUACAACCCUUCAUCAAGUUUCUCUGUUAAUGCCAAGAUUUAACAGACUUAAGAACUAUUGUUCUCUGAAUGACAGUUUGUAAGAGAAAUGUAAAUUUUUUAGAACUCUUUGCUGUUAAUCUGUUUUGGCUUGUUUGGUUUUUUUGGUUUUUCUUGUUUUUGUUUUUGUUUUUUUUUAAGGUAAAAAAAUAUACCUUCAGUUUCCUGGUGUGAUCCUGGUUAAAAUGGAUGAUUUUUCAUGGGAAGUUUUGCUGAUUAACAAUUAAAGUGGGUUGAUAUGUGGGCAAAAUCACUUAUGAAAGUAGAAGCAAGAAUGUGGUUUGCUACCACAUAAAGCCAUGCUCUUUUUGGUCAAACUGUGUAAACUGGAAAAAUUCACAUCAUUUCUGAGUUUAAUCACUUUAGGAUAUAUUCACAUUGUUUUGGUGAAUUUGCUGAAUUGAAUUGUUUUUCUUUCUCGAAUCUGUGAUCUCUUUUCUUUAUCCUGUUUCUUUGUUCCUUUCGUUUGCUUCCUUUUUUAUUUUUCUUUUGUUCCAUUCUUUUCUUACUUUUUUCCCUUUUCCUUUUUUGAGGAGGCCGGCCAGUAGUGUGUGAGAAAAGAAAAAAAGUGAAAUUUGCAUAAUGAAGGUAAAAAGGAAAUAAAAGCCUUUUGAAGGUGGCUCAACUAGCACUUUUGAUCAUCUUCAGGGCCCACAAAAAUGUUGUCAAGAUUUUAAAGGUUUAUAAUUCUGCUUAAGCUCUACUUUGGACUUAGGUAUCCUAACUAUGUUAGAGGUAUUUGAAUUGUUUAAACUUAGGAUAAAAGCAAGUUCCUCCUGUGACUGCAACGUCUUACUGAUUGGGACAGUUGCCAGGAGGAUACCAAGUUGAUAGCAGAGGGGGUUUUAUGCAAACGCACUCACCUCCACCUUGGGGAAUGAAAGGGUCACUUCUGCAUCAUCACUAGCUAGUGUUCUAGUGUUAGAGAGGCUUACAAAUGUUUGCCAUUCUCAUAAGUGUUUUGAACUUGAUCUUUGUGACUUGUGUUUUUUAGCUUCUCUCUUGAAUCAGAGUAUCGUUAUCUUCCUCCAAGGAGUUAGGAUUUUCCAGUUUAAAACAAAAAGGGAAAUGUCCUAGGUUUUCUUUGUGCUUCUCAUUUUUCCUUUGUUGAUUCAAUUCCUGUGAUUUUUUUUGUUCUCUUCUCUGAAAUGCUUUAUAGUGCAUGGAAUCUCUGUCAUUGUUAUUUUAACGAUAGUAAUUCACAGUCCUCAGAAGCCUGUUUUUAAAGCAGAAGCAAAAAAGGAAAACAAAGCAACAAAAACAACCCUUCCUCUUUUCUCUCAUCUCACCUUUCUGUGUUGAUUACUAAUCAUCUUAGAUAUUAUUGCUAGUGGAUGUAUGGUAGAUGGGUUGAAGCUUUUCUGAUAAUUAUUACACAAUUUAAAACAAUAUAUAUUUAAAAUAAAUAUAUACAGUCAAUAUAUUGAGCCAUGUUAACCUGCCAAUGAGAUCUGUGAAAAAAUAAUGGCCUCAUUUUUCCCUUUUUAAUUUCUUUUACCUUUUUGUGAAGCAGCUAUACGUGGCAUACAUGUAUUUAAAGAAAAAAAUAGGUGUAGAGUGUUUUUUUUACACUUUUAGCAUGUGGUGUUGAAGUAUUACUGUAGAUCAAGUUUGUCUUCCGCACUAAGAUGUGAGGAAAUUGUGAUUUGUUCUCUCCACCACAAAUGAAUUACACAUUUAUUAUCUUCUAUCAUUUUGAAACACUGCAGUUUACCAUGGGACACUGUAUAUAUUUCUUGCCAUAAUGGUAAAUGACUGAUUGAUAUAUUUAAGAGUUAAUAAAUUUGUGAUUUCUGCUGACAGUGCGUCCAUCUUUAUUUCUUCAGAAGAGCUACUGUAUUUAUGCCUGCAUGGUGCUGGCCAGUGUCAAGGGCAGUGUGUCCUGCUCUGGCCUCAUUUAGUACAUGACAAUUUGCACUUGGUGGGAAUGGCAAGUUAAUAGUUCUCUAUGAGCAAAACAAUGGUCUCUUCUGGGAAAAUGUUGCUGAAAACAACAUAGUUAACAACUAAGAUUCCUAAAAGCUUCUCUAUACUAUACCCUCCAAUCCAGCCUUCACAUGGCUGCUUUUUUUUAAACACGAACCUGACCUUGUAACGCUUUGGUGUUAUCAUCUCUGGGAUAUAGGCAAGCACCCCAGCUCCUGCUACUUCCCAACUUGAACUUGAGCAUACAUGGAUGCUCAGCUUCUUUUGAUUUGCUAAAAACAUCCACUUGCUCACAUGCCUGUUUAUGCUGUUCAUGGUGUUUAUGUUUCUUACCUAGAAUAAAUAGUCUUCCACUACUUCUUACUCUUUCCUAAGAUUCAGUGUAGAGCAUCAUGCUCCACAGCAAACCUUCCUAGGCUCUAUUCUGGGCUUGCCUUCCCUCUCAAUACUUGCAUAAUAGAUUGUAUUUACCUCUCCUGCCAACCACAUUGUUUUGAAAAUAUAUUUCUAUUUGUGUUUCCUCUACUGCAGUAUAAUGUCGCUGUGGGCAAGAACUGUGUAUUCAUCAUUGCAUUCCUAAACCCAAACCAGGGCCAGGAAUGGAGAUAUCAUUGACAAAUAGUUGUUGAAUUGAGGCCGACCCCUUUUGAUAACAGAAGCCUCAAAGUGUACUCAGAUGGUCCUGGAUUUAAUGAUGGGUUCUCUCACCAUUGUCUUGAUGCUCUGAGCAAGUUACCUCUUCCCUCUGAACCUCAGUUCCCAUAGUUGUAAAAUGAGAAUAAACAUACCAAUUUAAUAAAGAUAUUGUGAGAAUUAAUGGGUACAGAGUGACUAGAAUGAUAUUUGAUAGAAAUUAAAUGGUAGUAAUGUAACUAUUCUGAUCACUGAUAUUAAUAUUCGUAUUGUUAUUAUUCUUUACUCAGGAGGGUAUGCAACUCUUGUUUUGCUGUUGGGCUGCCCUCUUUAUGUAGGUUUACUGUUACUGCUGAGUAUAUAUUCGGACUCAAAUGUCUCAGCAGGAUACUGAGAGACACCAAAUGAAGUGGUCAUCUAGCUGAAUGUAGGAAAAAUGAAAUAUAGUAGUAAAUCAGUAUGUUCUAAGGAAAUUUUCAAGGAAUAUUAAUGUUAACUCAAAUUUCAAAUUUUUGUGUAAGAAGAAUUAUAAUUUAAGGGUAAACAUAGAUGACACAGCUUUCGAGUGAUUUCAUUGAAUAAAAUCCUACUGACUUCUAUGAA